ACGCUGGCGUCCCCGGAGCCUACGGAAGGCGGCAGUGACGGGCCGGGCGCUGACGGCGCUGACCCGGGGGGUGGCGUGGACGCCCGCGGGGCGGGCUGGGGCAUCACCGCGGGCCUCGACCCCGAAAUGGCGCUGCUGGCGGAGCACCUGCUGAAGCCGCUGCCCGCGGACAAGCAGAUCGAGACAGGGCCCUUCCUGGAGGCGGUGUCCCACCUGCCGCCCUUCUUCGAUUGCCUCGGCUCCCCAGUGUUCAUGCCCAUCAAGUCAGACAUAAGCGGCAACAUCACGAAAAUCAAAGCCGUGUAUGACACCAACCCAGCCAAGUUCCGGACCCUGCAGAACAUCCUGGAGGUGGAGAAGGAAAUGUACGGAGCAGAGUGGCCCAAAGUGGGGGCCACGCUGGCAUUGAUGUGGUUGAAAAGGGGCCUACGCUUCAUCCAGAUCUUCCUCCAGAGCAUCUGUGACGGCGAGCGGGACGAGAACCACCCCAACCUCAUCCGCGUCAACGCCACCAAGGCCUACGAGAUGGCCCUCAAGAAGUACCAUGGCUGGAUUGUGCAGAAGAUCUUCCAUGCAGCACUCUACGCGGCUCCCUACAAAUCCGACUUCCUGAAAGCACUGUCCAAGGGGCAGAAUGUGACGGAGGAGGAGUGCCUGGAGAAGAUCCGCCUCUUCCUGGUCAACUACACGGCCACCAUCGACGUCAUCUAUGAGAUGUACACCAAGAUGAACGCGGAGCUCAACUACAAGGUGUAGGCAGCACCUACGUGGGGCCGCCGGCAGAAGGGAGCAAAGCCGCAGCACUGUGAACCAAGCCCACAGCCCGCAGGCCAGCCUGGGCUGCAGGGGACAGUCCUGGGGAUUUUUUAAGUCUUUUUUUUUGGGGGGGGGGGUUCAUUCUAAUGGAGCAAUAAAUAACGAUCUUCUUCUAGGUUUGACUUUGACAACAACACAGACUACUGUACAUCUUCAUUGCAGUGUGAUAAGACUCAAUUAACCAACCUGGCUCGGUGGCGCACAGCUGUGAUCCCAGCUGCACAGGAUCUUUUCAGAUGGGAAGAUGCUAACGUUGAGCCCAGCCUGGGGCAAAUCAGCAAGAUCGGGUCUCAAAAAUCAAAAGAGUUUGGGGCGUGGCUCAGUGAUACCCCACAUGGCUAGUGUGCCUGAGGUCCUGGGUCCGAUCCCUGGUGCCACAGAAACAUAAACACAAAUAAAUAAAAUUAACAUUUCUAAUAAAUCAACUCCUAGGGUUUUGCCCCCCCCCCACGCCCAAGAAGCACUGCCCUGGGGGAGCAGCACACACUUCGUGUCAUUUGGACGGACAGACGGACGGGGCGCAUCUGUUGCGCUGAGGAAUUGGCUGAAUGAUGCUUUGGGUAUUUCAGGGACCAUGAAAAAUCUGAUUCAAAAUUUUGCAGGAUCCUUACUGUGACAUUCUUUACAGAAGUAAACUGGUAUGUGUUCUACCAGACUUACAUAGCCCAACCUCACAGUACUGUCAUCAGAAAACAUCAGCCUUUGGCUAGACCGUCUUUUGUUUUUAGCUUUUUUUUUUUUUAAAUAGCAGAAACCAACCAGCAAGCCUUUGAUGACCAAGAGGCCAUUUCUUUGCAAGCUACUGGGCACAAACAACUGACCGUGGACGACUGUGUCCACAUUCUUCUGCAUAACUGUUUUCUUCAGGGACAGCUCUUCCAACCUAAGAAACAAGUAGAUUUCUCAAGAGGGAGGAACGUGCCCUCCAGUUGCAGAGACUCACGAAGCCACCUUGCUGCCUUAACGGUCCUUCCUGGCGCUAAAGAGCGUAUUUUUUUAAAAAUACCAGGGCACACCCCAAAAGAUUUGAUGUGUGUUUAAUUAAAAAAAAAAAAAAACCCAAUGAGGAACAACUGAUGGUUUUUAUGCAGAGACUAAAUGAUCCUUAAUAAAUAAAUCUCUAUUUUGGAAUCA